CAAUCCGACACACUACAACAGGAAACUACAAUCAUCCUGGUUUGAUUAAUUUUACUUCUUACAUUACAGUGCAACAAUGUGGUAAGGUGACCCUUCCAGCAAAUUCUCAAGUGCGUUAUCCAAGAGGAUGGAGGAAUAAAGCAUCCCACCAACUUGGAACGAGAAUAUGGGUAUCAUGUAAGCCUGGAUAUCGAAGUCCCGUUGGUUUGGGGAUGAUUCGUUGCGAAAAUGCUGGCUGGAGACUCAACCAACGAAGUUUCAAUUGUAAAGGUGAGUUCAUCGCAGGAAUAUACUGUAAGCGAAUUUUCUCACUGCACAAGGAGCAAGGAAGGAUCAUAUUUAAUUUUUUCAAUUAAACAACUAUUAAUGGCAUAUUAAGAGGAUAAUCUUUCGUAUGUGACGCAACACGCGCUCAAAACUAACGAAUAUCCUUAAACUAACGGAUAUCCCAUAUUCAAUUUUUAUAAUUUUUGAUAGCUACGUUUUGCAAGCGGCAAGCAAACAUAAAAUGUAUCUGUAAGUUAUGCUAAAAUGAAGAGCUUUUAGAUUGUACGCCGCUAAAAUGAAGAGAUUUUAGAUUGUAAGAGUGAGAAAAUUAUGUCUGAAGUUCAGCAAAUUUUACUUAUACUGCUGUUACAGUAUAUAUAGAUAUGGCGUCAAUUUUACAGCAUCAAUGAUAUUCUUCCACUGAAUUCAGCAGGAAAAAUCAUUUCAUGUAGAAAUUUCAUAAUUUUUCGGCCAACUAUUUUUCAAGUCCGGCUUUACCGUCGCUCUAAUUAAGAAACUAGAAUAAGCAGAUUUUAGAAACACUUCGUCAUGAUUCAUAAAAAGCAAGUUCUUUGACGAGUGAAAAACAAGUUCAGAAGAAAACCCCGCGGAGAAACACCAGCAAACCUUUGGUCUUUUCCUGAACUAUCUAUGAGGGACUUGAACUACACACAGAACAAUCUGGACUGCAGUUGUAUCAAUCUUACUUUUUCAUUUAGUUUUUAGCUUUUGGGGUAUUUAAUUUACCACUUAAAACGAGCUUUUACGUGCGAAAAUUGAAACGAAUAUAUAUUUGGUCAGGCAUAAUAUGUUUCGCAUGCGGUAUUAAAAUUUGAAUUUUAUAGCAUAUAAUUUCAAAAUUUCUUUAUUGAAACGAGAGAAACGUAUCGAAAUUUUUUCUGUCAUAUUACCCUCAGGAAGAAGUUGUGGCAAUCCAGGCACUCCAAGGAAUGGUGAAAAAUCUGGUCUUUCUUACACUCUCAAUGAUGUCGUUCGUUACUCUUGUAAUAACUGUUAUAACCUAACUGGUGUCAGUUAUCGUCAGUGUCUGGCCGAUGGAACCUGGAGUGACACAUUACCCAUAUGUGCACGUAUGUAUCCUUUCAUCCUUCUCCAUCACUGAUCUAAAAUUAGUUUGGGAUCAGGGGCGUAGGAAGCAUCAAAAGGUUGGAGGGCACAAUCUUCGAGGGGCAGUUUUGGAUAAUGAAAAGGGCACCUACAAAAUUUUUGAGGGAAAGGAAAACAAUUUUGCAAUCAUAUCAUAUUCCACAAUAAUUUGCCCAAAUUUCGAAUUGCAACGUUACAAUCAACGUUUUUGACCACAUUUAAAAAAAUAUCGACCAAAAGUUAAAUUUAUUUGUUUCAUGGAGAUUUAUUUAUUGAAGGGAACUUUUCUCAAGAAUUGCAGGUUAUUUCCGAACAUUUUUCACGAAGACAAGGGGCACUUUGCCACCGGAGAGAGGGCAUUUUUUGUGUCCUGAAAACUUGGGGCGUCCCCUUGCCCCCUCCCAGGUUACUACGCCCCUGGUUGGGACAGAACAUCUUUAAUUGAACGAGCGGUGCCGUCAGAAGCAAAUUGUUACUCGGGGAGUGGGGCUGAAUCAAGGGGCUCUAUGGACAUGUUCCCUCUCCCCAAAGUGUUGCGUUUCCGAAGCCUCGGAAGAGCAUUUUCCGUGGUUCCUGAGAGGAAUUUUUAUCAAAGUUGUAAAUCUCUUGCAUUUAAAAAUUCAAUAUUUUGUAAUGCACUUUAUGACUUUUUACAACUUCAUCUCUUUGUUUCGAAAUAGCGUUUGCUCUGUAUGCAAUCACAAGUAUGAAUGAAGUGGUUUUGUUCCUAUUGAUAUACAAUUUUUUAGCGAUUCCCAGGCAAGCCUUUCGCGCUUGUAUUCGACUUUUCCGUUUUCCUCGGGGACAACCUCCAUUGAAAUAGCUGUAUACGCUCUAUCAAUCUAACAACAAACUGUUACGGAUAAUAUAAGUUGGAUAAUGUAAGUUGAUUGUAAUUGCCUGUGAAAGGAAGAAAUAAAGUAUGAAAAGAAAUAGAAUCCUCAUGGACGAGGAAAGUAUUGGGGGAGGGUGUUCCCCCUCAGCCCUCUCCUUUCCCCGCUUCCAACAGCCCCGACGAGCCAAUCUUAAAGCGUGAAAGGCUACUAUGGCAAAAAAACUCCACGUUUUCGAAGUCGUGCGUUGGAUUUUAAUUGUCUGGUACCAUGAAAAGACUUUUGUACCCUGUGAAUUCAAAUUGCAUUUUAAGCCUUCCAUUUUUGUGCGCAAAAAUUUACUUACAACUCGAAAAUUUACUUUUCAGAAUAAUUUUUGUGGUAAAGAUACUAGCGGAUCCCUAACUACCUACUGUAUGCUUGCAGUACAGCGAACAUUUUCGAACUGGGUAUAUUUUUUCUAUAUACACCCUGUAUAUUGCAUACACGUAGCUAUACUUUAUUCUAUAGGAGUGACAUGCCCUACACCCAGUCCAUUAACACACGGAACACUCAGCCUUUCGUCUCAACCUAUUUACUGUGGAAGUUAUGUUGACUACAGAUGUUCAACUGGAUAUAAUCUGAAGGGAGCGAGGAAGAGAAUAUGUCUUGGUGAUGGAUCAUGGAGUGGCAACGAACCAAGAUGCGAAAGUAAGUCGUCAGCUUAUUAAUAAAGACACGAGAGAAACUUGCUCAGCUAACCGCCUCGCGUGGCAGCAUGUUUCUCUCGUGUGCGGAUAGUUUUCGUGAGGAUUUAACCUCUCGAGGCUUUUAGUUGACUACGCUAACCCCUACAGCAAAAGCUGGUUUUACUUAGGCUUUGAGAAAAAUAUUUAUCCUGUUUGAUAUUUUUCACCUCGCGACGAAAAAAUCUCAACGUUUGUGGAUGUUGCGAGGUUCAUGCUGAGCUGUUUGAAUUAACUAGCGAAUGAGAACCUACAAUUUCUUCACGCGACUUCGGUUAAAAUAGCGACAAUAGAGGGAAAUAUGCAAACGAACUUACCAAAGAUGUUGCUGUUUAGUAGUUUUCCCAACGUGUGCGGUGAAAAUGAAUACGGCUAGCUGAGCUAAUAUCAGGAAUUUGGGCAUCUCAACUCGAUAGAACUAAUUGUAGAAGAGUUUUGUAGAUGGAAAUUUCCAGUGUGAAUUUUAUCCAUUUAUUAGACCUAUCCGGGAGCAGUUGUGAAAAAUUCAACUAUAGGGCCUCUAGCAGGAAUCGAACCUGCGUUUUCGGUGCAGCGCUCUAACCAACUGAACAGCAUAUAUGCAUGAACUUGCAAUUAAAGCUCGACAACUGGCCCUUGUAGCUCAGGUGGUUUAGAGCGUGGCGCAGGAAUCGCAUGGCCGCAGAUUCUAUUUCUGCCAGAGGGCCUAGAGUUUCAUUUUUCGCAACUUGUCCUGGUUAAGUCUAAUCAAUGUAUAAAAUUCACACUCCAAUAUUCUAUCUACCCUUCUGCAUUUUACACGAGGCAAUUUUUGCUGAAACUUGCAAUGUAAUUUCGGGUACAGAGCCAUCUUAUCUAGAAACCAGCACAAUGUCAGCAUGGUCCACAUUCUACUCUGCUGACAUUUUGUUUACAUAACAUACUCUUAUAUAAGGCCCACACAACCGGACGCGAUUCGGCAACGCGACGAGAAUUUUCAGUUUCCGUCAACGGAUAAAAAUUUUACAAGAUAUGCAGACCAAAUAGCUAAAAUUGCUUCAGUGGUUCCGACUAUUUCAAAAACAUUGAAAAAUAUUAAAGUUAAAUGCCAUUGAAAACUGGAAAUUCGCGUCGGUAGAAUAAACCAUGGGCCAUGCUCAUGCACAAUUUCUGCUAUUUAGGUAACAUUGUCCCGUGUCAGAAAGUGCUUUGCAAGUUGCAGCAAAAUUUGCAUCUGUGCAAAUUGCAAAUUGCAAGUGUGUAAGAUGCAUGAUCUUAUAUGUGAAAGUAAAGCGGUGUGUGAACUUCGCGAACGCUAAGCAUAAACAUCUACCAGAAACACAAAACCUUAACCUUUUUGUUCACAAUUAAUUUAUUUUCAUUUUUAGUCGUGGAUUGUGGGGACCCAGGACAUCCAAGGAACGGACUAACAACAGAAACUGGCGGUUUCACGUAUGGAAAUGAUGUUACUUUCUCUUGCAACCUUAAUUAUGUUUUGGAGGGAAGUUUACUUGCAACAUGUCAAAGCGAUGGAAAAUGGUCCAAAAGCCUGCCCAACUGUUUGGGUUAGAAAUAAAUAAAUAUCUGUCUUCUAAUUCUUAUUUUACGUCCUUAAUGUAUUUAUUUUCAAUCGAUAUUCAAUUCUAUUUGUUUAUUUAAAGUCUCAACGAGCUUGUUGCUCCAUUACUGGUAACCAUAAAUUAACACGUACAAAUUUAAAAUAUUGUUUAUACAAAUUACAGACAACAGUCACAACACGUUUUCACAAAAAGAGUGGCCAAUUAAUUAAGGAAUAGCAUUUUGCACAGUUUUAAGUGUUUUAUGUAAAUGCCAUACAUGUGUUUUGCAUGCAAGGUUCUGGUAAAUACAGUACAGUAUAUGUUAGGUUGGCGUAAAUCGAUAAUGUGGCGGGGGCAGUUGAAUGUUCUUUUUUUCUUUUUUCUCUUUCUUGGAGAUCUUCAGUAAAACCUGGAAAGUUAAAGUGUCAACUUUAAUUUGGAAUGUUGCAAGUUAUUUAUUGAGCAGUUUCAUUAUUUUGUCUGGUGAAAAAAUGUGAUUUUAUUUUAAUUUUUGUGUCCUCAGGUAAAAUCAAUUUCUUCAACAGGUGAAGUAAGUCCACGUACUCGUGCCGUAAACGAUGGGAGGUUUAUUGCAUGAAGAAUAUCUUCAUCUCGAAUGUCAUUCAGAGUUUCAGUUCGCGUCGUGUUUUCUAAAUGAGUCUAUUAUAAAAUUUAACAAACAAAUUGUAUAUCUUGACAGCAAUGCUGAACCUGUGAUGUUCUUUGUAGAGAAGUGCUCAGAUCCAUCAGGAAACACAAAUGCAAAGGUGAUAGGCAAGGAGUUCUAUCAUGGCAAGGAAGUAGAAUUUGUCUGUCCCAGAGAUUCCAUUCUUGUUCCUGCAAGUUCUAGAAAGUUGACAUGUCAAAAUGGACAAUGGAGAGGGACGAUACCUUCGUGCAAAGGUACGAUGAAUUAGAAGGAUUAUUACGCGAAUAAAACGUGUUGUUGUUCUCGUUAUUGAACGUUUAGAUUGUCUGUCUGUCUGUCUGUCUGUCUGUCUGUCUGUCUGUCUGUCUGUCUGUCUGUCUGUCUGUCUGUCUGUCUGUCUGUCUGUCUGUCUGUCUGUCUGUCUGUCUGUCUGUCUGUCUGUCUGUCUGUCUGUCUGUCUGUCUGUCUGUCUGUCUGUCUGUCUGUCUGUCUGUCUGUCUGUCUGUCUGUCUGUCUGUCUGUCUGUCUGUCUGUCUGUCUGUCUGUCUGUCUGUCUGUCUGUCUGUCUGUCUGUCUGUCUGUCUGUCUGUCUGUCUGUCUGUCUGUCUGUCUGUCUGUCUGUCUGUCUGUCUGUCUGUCUGUCUGUCUGUCUGUCUGUCUGUCUGUCUGUUUGUCUGUCUGUCUGUCUGUUUGUUUGUUUGUUUGUUUGUUUGUUUGUUUGUUUGUUUGUUUGUUUGUUUGUUUGUUUGUUUGUUUGUUUGUUUGUUAUCGGUACUUAUAGAUUCUCGUAAUUCCACGUUUUGACCCUUUCCCAUGUUCUUUUUCUAUGAUCCUCGUUUUAAAAUAUUUGCCGUUUUAGUUUCAUGUCCGUCCUUGUCACAACUAUCCGACGGUUAUAAAUGGGGUAGAAGUCGAACACAUGGUUCUUCAGUUCAAUUUCGUUGCUCCCAUGGUCAUAAACUGGUUGGUUCAUCUCGAGUGAUGUGCAAUGAUGGUAGAUGGUCAGACCAAAUGCCUAAAUGCCUAGGUACGUUGUCCGUUUCCACCAGAAUACUGUAAGCAUUUGGCCGAAGCCAAACGAGGAUGAGAGUUGCAUGAGAAUGAGAGAUUGCGUGAGAAUUUUCUCAACUCCGGUUCUUUGGUGAAACAAAACAAGAGUUUCAUGAGGGUUCAUUGAAUGUUACCGUGCGAUUCGUCAAACGGGCAAAAACUCUCAUCAACUGUUAUUGAAAUUUGAGCUAACUCAAAUAUGUAUAUGUAUAUGUAUGUGUGUAUAUGUAUGUUUUGUAACUAAGUUUUGUAACGUAUGGUAAAGAGAGCAGGGAGGAAAUUUCUGUAUUAUCGCAUACAAUAAAUGCGAUAGGAUGUGACUAUAACCCAAAUAAUAACAAUGCCUUGGGUAAGAGAGGAAAGAUGAAUGGCAACAAUGAAUUUUAAGCUUAUUCGCAAAUAUCAAAACGUUGCUGAUGAAAAAAUGCACAAUAUAAGUCCACGGUCUCUGUAACUUUUCCUUAAAUUUUUACUUAAUUUCCGACAAAACAAUUCCUUUCUAAUUUCUUUAAAAAUUGACCAACUAUUUUGAUAAAAUAUUUUCCAUUUUGACCAAAUUUUUGAACUUAAAAAUUAUUGGUGGUGUCACCCCCCUCCCCCCCCUCCCCCGACACACUUCCCUGGUAUCGACGUCCCUCCCUUUACUUUGACUAGAGUUAUAACAUGUGAUAAUUGUAGACUUUGGAUUAUUUACACGGAUAUAUUUUGAUAAAAUGUUUUUAAUUUUAUAGCCAUAUGCAAUCUAAUUCGAAGCAUUAGCAAUGGAUGGGUUUACGGAAGGGGUAAUUUAGAAGGAGAUAAGCUGAGUUUCCGUUGCAGAACUGAUUAUAUUUUGGAUGGCGAACAGUUUAUCAAAUGCACCGGAAAUAGGCGAUGGAAUGCAACGAAACCGACGUGUAGAGGUUGGUAGAAGACCUGUAUAUGACGGGGGAAGGAGACAUUUUUGGCAAGUGGCAAUAAUUGGGAUUUUUCCAGCAAAAUUUUUAUUUUUUUUUGGGUUGGGUCACUUCUUUUUUAUUUGCCUUGUAACUGGGCCUGAUUCAUGAUGGCCCAACCCCAACCCUAACCCAUAAUGCCGAAGAGAGUUACAACUAGUUGAGAAAAUUAAAUAACAUUUUUUAAGUAAAACCACUGAGGCAAAUAUAAAAUCAACAAGCCGAAGCGGGGCUUCAACCAGACACCUCCAACGUGGUAGACACAUGUCUUGCCUUAUGAACUACUGUAAAGCUCGCUGAAGACCAUCGUAAAAACUCAUUUUAUAUUACUGAUAUGAAGGGUAUGUUCAACAGGCCAGGUAACAAGGCAGAUCCCAAAAUAAGUGUAUAGGCAUUCCAGCAUGCAUAUAUUUCUCUCAUACGGCUAUUUAUGAAACGCGCAUUUUUUUCAUUCAUUGUAUGCUGAACACAGUUGCCAUGUUACACUCUCCUACGCAAAGGUUUGAUGUCACUUUAUUUAUACCCUGAAAAUGUAAGGCAUUCAGGUCAUUGCUGAACGCACGCGUGAAAGGAAGGGAAGUUUAUUCACCAAUUACCUGCACGCCUCAUAAUUUACCGGUAUAUAGCCCACCUGUUUAACUAUAACGCCUCUGCAAAGGAGAAUUAGGCAUGCUAUAUGUGGCAAGCGAGCAAUGCUUGUGCUGCUAAACUUGGGGCAACAGAUAUUUGGCAAAGCCUGUUGCAUCAUGGGGUGUUCCAGUGGUGUUGGUGUUAUACACCGUUGCGCUCGUGUUUCACACUUAAAAUUUACCUCAAAUUUUUAAUAAUAAUGUACUUUAGAUUAUAUUUACUGUAUGUAUAUUUGUUAUUUUAAAUUAUGCCUAAUCGUUUGGCCCGGUUACCCUUUUGUCAAUAUCCCUUUUCUAUGCCGGCUGAAUUUCUGCCGCUCUUGUAUCGCUCGAAGGCAAUACAUAAGUACUGUAUACCUAGCUGUAUGAGAGGAGUGGCGUUUGUAACGAGCUAGAAGGAAAUAUCUUCAUGGGGAAGUCUUGCACAUUUUUCUUCUUGUGUGGAUGGUUGAUUGGCAAAAAUGUAUUUCUUUACUUGACUGUACUAAAUGUGGUACAAUGGAACUCCGCCUUAUGGCCACCCUGUUAAUACGAUCACCUUUUUUUAUUACGGCCACUUACUUUUGUCCCCGAAAAAAGCCAAAAUAAUACAUUUUCUUAUAAAGAUACUCCGUUAAUACGGUCAAUUUUAUUUCGACCCGCGCCCUUGACUGUUUUUAGGCCCAUUUGUUGACUGGGGUUUGACUUUAAAAGUUAUAUUACCCAACCUUUCAAUUGCUUUGAUAGUUCAGUCAGAAAUGAUUACCCAACAAAUUUAUGAAUGGUUUCUUUUAUUUGUCCGUAGCACCAUGUAGAAAGCUCAACGCACCAGCUCGCUCGAGAAUCACACAAGGAGGUUUUAGACAUAACGAGAAUAUCAAAUUUGAAUGUGAUUCAGACUAUCACCUGCAAGGAAGGAACGUCUUGACCUGUUCAGAUGGAACAUGGAAUAGUGCUCCUCCGACCUGUUUAGGUAAGCAUAAAGCACGACCAGAAAUUGAUUCAUGAUUUUGGUAUAUUGAGUCAUAACCAGAGUGGCCACGUACUUUAUACUCUACCCCCUUCCUGCACUUUCCAGGCAACAUUUUUGCCAUUCAUACCCAGUUUGAGGAAAUCUAGAAUUGCAGAAACUAUGUGCGUUAAGGAUGCACUAAUUAAAGUUUCUGUGAUCACAGUAGGAAUUUUGCAUUAGUAAAUUCUUUCUUUUUAAGGAUCCGUACGAAAUGUUUGAAGGAUCUGCAUGACUCAAUGUUUUUAACAGUGAGUCAAUAUUCCUUCAAACAUUUAUAAUCAAAUUCCCUGGAGAUGAAAUUGGUUUCAGCGAACAAGCAAACUAUGGAGAAACAACUCCCUUCCACUACUACCAUGCGCUUUACUAGAAAAUCUAGUUCUGCCUUUUGUAGCCCUGAACGUAAUGUCCAAUAUCUUGUUUCCCCAUAUGUUUUUAUAUCAAACAAAAUUCAGGUCUGGAUUGAGAAUUUUAUAUAGGAACGAUGUAAAAAAUCGAUUCCUUUGCGUUUUCUGACUAUAUCUGAUCUAUUCCUUUGCAUUAUCUGACGAUCUGAUCUCUCUGAACUAAACUUCUUUCAAUACAAUACAUCCAAUUAAUUUUGUCUACUUCUUAAACGCUUCAUCAACACUAUGAGUGUUUAGCGCUAUUCUCGAGGAGAGCAGUGCUUUUUGUUGAUGUCAUUGGUAUUUUAAUCAAUAUGAUAUAACUCAAUGUACUCAAUGUAUGCCCAUUAAUUCUCUUUCCCGAUUAAAAUAUUGGCAGAUUUGAAUUAUUGCAUGAGAUCAUUACCUCUACAACUGUUAAAAAAAUUUGUAGCUUGGCGCAACUACAGCUUCGUUUGGUAAAAAAAUUUGCUCGUCUGUAACAGAAGCAAACCCGGAAGACAUUUGUUCUUGCUCGGAUAUGAAUCCUGCAAGGAUAUGAGCAACCAAUCAAAUUGCGCGGAAAGCACUUUCCACCUCUCGACACUCCCGACAUAUAUGCUAAUACUGAUUAUAGUGAAAUACAUGGUGAAAUGCAAUCAAAACGACUUCAAGAACUACGAAAUAGAGCUGCCAGAAUUAUUAUGGAUGUGAACAAUGACGUAAAUCAUUCUAUAGCUUUACGUGCACUAGGCUGGGAACCACUCAAAACAGAAAGGAAGAAAGCUAAGGCAAAAAUGAUGUAUAAAGUAUUAAAUAAAAUGGGUCCCAAAUCACUUACUAAUCUUUUUUCAUACAAAAGUCAGAAAACAAAUUACAAGCUUCGGGAAAUUUCAAGUGGUCUUAGUUUACCAAUCCGCGUACUAAGAAUAUGAAAAAUAGUUUCAUGUAUGACGGAAAUUAGGGAAAGCAAAACUCUUUCUUCCUUUAGAAAUAAAAUCGCUGCUCACAUCAUUAACAUAGAGUAAUAAGUAAAUUGAUGUGCCUGUAAAUAUUCUAAUAACGUUCGUAUCAUGUAAAUAAUUCAGUAUUUUGCCAAAUGUUCUGUAAAUAGCUCUUAAUAUCUUCUCUAUGGAAUUUUUUCUAUUUUUACACACGCCCCUCAUGGAAAUCAGCUUCGGUUUACGGGGUUAGCUUGUAUAAAUAAAGUGUCUAUCUAUCUAUCUAUCUAUCUAUCUAUCUAUCUAUCUAUCUAUCUAUCUAUCUAUCUAUCUAUCUAUCUAUCUAUCUAUCUAUCUAUCUAUCUAUCUAUCUAUCUAUCUAUCUAUCUAUCUAUCUAUCUAUCUAUCUAUCUAUCUAUUUAUCAAACAUUGUACAUGUAUAUACGUUUUAAUCUUCAGCUCCUUGCAGACGGUUUGGUGUGCAACCAUUCCGUGGUGGUUAUAUAAAGCGAGAUGGUUACAGACAUAAUGAGGAAGUUACAUUUGGAUGUAGAGAUCCUUUGGUUAUUGAUGGUCAGGUUACCUUACGUUGCAAUGGUGGGACAUGGAAUGACAGACUACCUACUUGUGGAGGUUUGUGUAUUUUCGUGAAGGUUAGGGUCGAGGGUUGAUCGUCUAUAACAACGUGAAACCUGAAACACCAUUUCGUUCUUUCCUUACUCUUCAACCUGGAAGAUGCAGUUCACAAUCUCAUUUCGAAUAUUUUACAAUUAUUAGACGUGAUUGAGCAAAACAUCGUGAUUUGUCAGUAGCUUGCAUGCACACCAAUACAUUUUCGAUUCAGCAAAGCGCGCGUUCAAUAAUUGAUUGGCCGUACUAUUUCAUAUUUCGCAUGCAAUUAUUCACUAUAAUUUCUGUCAUUCUUAUUGCAUUGCACGAGUUUUCAAAGAUUAACAAGCCUUUGCAACACAAAUCUUCCCAGUGUCAGCCGAAACUGAAUAAAUGAAAUUGGAAUAAAUGAAAUACAUUUAAACAUGACGUAUAUUUAAAUUUUGUUACUUUUUUGUAUCUUGGACAUGUUUGUCGAAGCAAACACGAAAAUUGUUUCCAGACAAAGCGCUUAUAUAGGAUGAAAUUUCACACCAUUUUUCUGAUUGCAUUGUAAAAUUAUCAAAAAUUAAUUAAUUUAAAAUGACUAAUAGAUAACGUACUUUGCCAAACUGCUUUGUCAAAAUUUAUAAUCGCUUUUUGAACGAACAUUAUAUAUAGCUCUCAAGAACGAAGCGAGCUUGGCAAAUUUCGUUAUAAAAGUAUUUUAAACAAACUCCGUCAAAAGCGAAUAGUGAAAUUGAUAUUUUGUAGGUGAUAAGUGCUAGUUAAAACAUGAUCUUUAUGUUUACGCCGAUCUUUAUCUGAUAUACCAACUCGAGCCGAAGGCGAAAGUUUGUAUAUCAGAUAAAGAUCGGAUGCGUGACCCAUCUUAUGGGUAUAUACAUUUGCGAAGUAGUUUUAAAAAUAAACAAUGCCUAAGCCGGGAAAAUAAAAGCUGAAGUUUAUGUAAAUCAGGACAAAUCUUUAUCCGAUUUACAAACGUUGGUUAAUUAAACAUUCAUGUCUUUGGAAUUUUCUUCAUGAAUUAUUAAUGUCAGUAUUUUAAUUGCUUUUAAAAGUGUGUGCAUGUUCAAUAAACUGUUUACACCUGUUAUUUGCUGUUAACAUAAUAAUAUUAUACCACCAUGUCCAGGUAUUGGCAAAAAAGUAGUCAAUCAAAAUUGAGAGAAUAAUUAUAAGUUACAACAGAAUUUACUUGUAAUUUUGGACUUGUGAUUUGCUAAUUUGAAAUCCAUUUGUAAAUUGUUCUGACAUUGGGUAUGACAAAGUCCAAUUACAAUAUUGCAUUGCUACAGGCCCUUGCAGAAACCUCACUGCGCCGAGAAAUGGUGUAAUCAUAAAGAAUGGAUACAAACAUAAAGAAACCCUUACUUUCAAAUGCAAUCAAGGAUUUCAAAUGGUUGGUACACCAGAUAGAAUAUGUAAUUUUGCAGCAUGGAGUGAUUCCAGAAUACCUCGUUGUGAAGGUAAAACAUUUAAUUUCGUCCAUAAUUUAUUUUAUAUGUACUCUAGAACAGUAUCUUAAAUGAUCAAAUCCUAUGACAGAAAAUCUUAAAAUAAUAUAUCAUAAUUUCUUCAUAGCAAAGUGUUCGAAUCCGUCGAAAAGCACGAAUGCAAGGGUGGUAGGAAACGAGUUCUACAAUGGCAAGGAAGUAGAAUUUGUCUGUCCGAAGGAUUAUGUCAUUGAACCAGAAAUUUCAAAGAAGUUGACUUGUGAAAACGGAAAAUGGAAAGGAAUAAUCCCAUCCUGUAAAGGUAUAAUAGAUGUACUCUGUCGUGUUAAGAAUCCCAACGUCUGCAAUAGCUCACGGUACACCGAUGUACACAAAUGAUGCACCUCCUUUUUCCUUGUAAGAUUUUAGCAGCCACAAUUUGUUUGCAAAGUUUGGUGUGCAAACCAGUACGCUGCACCAAUUGCUAUGAGCCUAUAUGGCAGUCAAUGGACCAUUUGCAUUGUAGACUAAAUUUUGAUCUAGACAAAAAUUUCAUCACAGCUCGAAAAAGCAGCACAAAAUUAGUAAUAUUCCAAAGUUUCGUUGCGAAAUGUUGUAAAAUGCGGAUAAUAUAGCCUUGCGAAAUUUGCAAUUUUCAGUCAUUUUGUAUUACAAACGGGAAAUUGAUGCCCCAACAUCCGAUUGGCUGUCAAUUUCCCGUGCGUAAUACAAAAUGACUGAAAAACGGCAAACUUCGCAUGGCUAUGUUAUCCGCAUUUUACCAUAGGACUCCCGAAAAGGUCUUUUAUUUAAAAAAUAUCCGUACAAUUUGCCUUAAAAUUCAAUGCUUUGACAUGCGAUGCUUCAAUGUACAGUAAAACCUCUAUAAUUUGUAUUACAUGAAGUACGUGCAACAUCACAAUAGCGUUGUGUCAUUAUGUAAUAUAUAUCCCCAAGGUUGGCAACUAAAUACAAAUUUAAAACUGUAUACACAAACUUAAUGACGAAAAAACUGGCACAUAAACAUCGAAAUUAAUUAAAAAAACUAACUCACUAUCGUAAGAAAUAACUGAAAGUGAAACUAUUUGGAUAAAGUUAACUUUUUUGGUUUAAUCCCCUCUUUCCAACACUCAUUAAUAAUUCAGAAAACAUGCGGAAAAAUACAGUAUAUCAUACACUUCUAAGUUAAUGUUUUUGACCUUGCAAAUGUAAUUAUUCACAGACAGUUUCAAAGUUGUUGAAGAAUAAAAACGAGGGAAACAUUGUGUUUUGUGGACCCGAGACCUUCGAUAAUUACAGAUGUUAAAUUUUUUUAUUUAAAAUAGUGAUCGAGGUUCUUUCAAACAAAACAAGCAGAUUUUAUAGAUUUUCAAUCAGAUUUUACAGAUUUUAUACAUUUAAUUACAAUACACUUCCUUUUCUAGGUUUUAAAUUUAUUUUAUUAAAUUUGAUUCACUUUUAGCCUCGUGUCGACCUCUGUCGGCAAUACCCAACGGUAAUAUAAAUGUCGGAAAACAACUUACACACGGCUCUUACGCUGUAUUUUCUUGCAAUGCUGGUUAUCAACAAGUUGGCUCAUCCAUUGCAUCGUGUAAUGACGGAAAAUGGUCAGAAAAAUUGCCAAACUGUUUAGGUUUGUAUUAGCCUGCGAACAGGCUCUCAAGGUGAAAUGAGAGCCUGCAUCGAUGAC